AUGGCGUCGGCUGUACCUUAUGAUCCAUAUGAUGAUCUGGAUAACAAUCCAUUUGCUGAACCACAGGAAGAUCACCAGCCAAUUGCAGCAACCGCUGAUGGAUCUUCCUCUAUGAAAGAAGAGCAAGCAAGUGCUGAAGAAGCCACUGUUUCUGACCAGGCUACCAGUGUGGUCAACAGUGCUCAAGAGGAACUGGGCGGAAAAGAAAAUUCAACACUGUCAAAACCAGUUACCAAACGAGACGGAGAUAACCCUAUACUGGCACAACCCCUUCAACGUGAUAUACUUCCUGAAAGAAAUGACGAAAAGAAAAAAUACACUAUGCUUGUCAAAGUAUCAGGGCUGGAACGCUUCGGAUCUACCACUGGUAAGAAAGAUAAUCCAACUAUCGUAUUUGACUGCUCAACAAACCUACCCACAUUUCGCAAAAAACAAUAUAAGAACGUCAAAAAAUCAUACGAAGAAUUUCAUCAACUGUUCAAAUAUUUAAAUGCUGCUAUACAAGAAUCCUUUGUUCCCACCCUUCCUCCCGCAUACACAUCAUUUGGUAUUAAUAGCGAAGAAGAUAAAACUAAAGUUUCACGGAAUUUCCAGCUCUGGUUCAACAGAGUAUCACAAGACCCGCUGAUUCUUCGGAAUGAAGAAGUGGCUUUUUUCAUCGAAAGCGACUUCGGUACGUACACUCCCAUCAACAAGUACAAAUCACUUGCAUCAGGGUUGAGGAGAAAAACUUUAAAGCAGUUGGCACCUCCUUAUGAUGAAACCACAGAACUAGCAGAGUUCCGGCCAUUAGUCAAAUCUAUAUAUGUUGUCUCUCAAAAUUUGCAAGAAAAACUGCUAAAGGUUUCAAGGAACCGUAAAAUAAUGGUUCAGGAAGAAAAUGCAUUUGGCCAGGACUUCGGUAAUUUGGAUGAACACAACAAACUAUACAAGAGAUACGGUAAGAUUUUGACUGCUGUGGGUGAUAUUGAUAGCAUUAUAGCCACUAUGGAUAUGGCGACAUUUUACGAUGGUUUGGAAUGGGUUGUUAGAGAUAGCUAUGUCGUGAAAGAGGCAUUGACUAACAGACAUUUUAUCAUGCGAAAUCUAAACCAAGCACAACAGAAUUCAAAGGCUAAACAGGAACAAGCUCGCAGAUUCAGGUCCAGAAGAGACAUUAAUCCCAUGAAAAUCGAUGAAGCACUACGCCAGUUGAAAACAGCAACCAAGGAUGAACAAGUUUUGACUUUAAAGCUUCAGCGGAUUACAUCCAACAUGCUUAUUGAGAGGAAGCAAUGGCUCGCCUGGUACGAGGAAUGGAUAAGAAAUUCUAUUAAAGAAUUUACACUGCGGAAAAUAGAAUACGAAAGGAAGAAGCUAACGUUACUGGAACGAGUCCGCUCCGAUAUCAGGAAGGCUGACGAGAACGGUGGUUUAUCACGUCUGGGACGCCAGGCUGUUUCUGCCAACAGCACCGAUACUUCUCAGACUGUCAAGGGCGACAGUUGGACUGGAGAGAGUAAUCGUAAAAGUCAAAUCCCGAUCAAUAAGAUUGCUCAUACCGAAUUUGACAAUGAACUGUUCACAGAAGACGAUGGAUGUGCCUCCCAAGACUCUGACACUACAUCGCUGAACGCUCGUCAUGCUGCAUCGCUGUUGGGUAUGUCUACUAAAUAG